AGACAAUCCUGAUGUCACCUAAGUAUACCAAAGAUCCCUUUGUCUACAAACGCCUCUUUAACUUGUUUGGAAAACGCCUACCUGCCUCUGUCCUAUGACAGUUUUCCGGCAUCCAGCUUCAUUCUACUGCCAAAAAUAAUGUCGGAACUCGAGCUCUUCUCGUCUGACAACGAGCUGGACGCUCCACCGCAAGCCACCGGCUCUAAGGCACCUCCUUCUGCCGGCUCGAAGGCGCUUCCUCCUCGGCAUGGAUCCACUGCCGAGCCCCAGGCCUCGGUACGCGGGCGGAGGCCCACAAGGCCUGCUACUCGCACACCUAAGCCACGAAGUUUCCGUUCACCUCCACCAUCAACACAGCCAUCACAAUCCCCAACAUCAUCUUACGCCUUGGCUUCACCAUCCAUCCCUCCCAUUGGAAAAUGGACCGUCGUGGGAUUGAGACAAGCGCUGUCAAACUCUGAAGUUAAGUUUUCUCGAAAAAUGAGCAACUUUAUGAUCUUUACAUCUCUCUGGAAAAUACUAAUUCACCCACCUCCAAAAAGAUAACUAAAGCCUGCAAGACUAAAAGUUAUCAUGUCUCUCUAACGUCGUCUUCUUCCAGAUCAAGUUCCGGCUCCCCUCGAGCGUCAGGACGUAGCAGGCCGUCAGCAAGCCUAGGCCGCGCCCCAGACUCGGCCACUCCUCACACUGCACUGCCUCCCUCCUCUUCUCAACCAAUCACUGCGGCGCCUUCAGUUACCGCACCAUACGCAGCAUCGCCCACUGGCUUUGGCUUUCCAACCUCCUAUCCUUCCCACUCUACCUCUGGAUGCAGACGCUAGCAUGAGGCUGCCUCCGCUAGCCGCUCAAGCUCAGCCACCUUACUUUUACCCUUCCGCUAUUCCUUUUCCCUAUCAAUGGCCAGCAGCCCCCGCUGCGGAUGUCCAAGUAGGGCAUCAUCAGCCAGCAACGUUCCUUGGAAAUGGGUUAGUGACGGCUAUGGACCAUGAUGACUGGUACAGGCAGCGUCGCAUCAUGGAUCCAGCCUUUAGCAGCACAUACUUACGAAGCUUGAUGGGCACUUUUAAUGAGAUGUCUGAGCGCCUAAUGGACCAUCUGGAGGAAAUAGCCGACACGAAAACACCUGUCAUCAUGCAUGACCUGGUCAACUGUGUCACACUCGAUGUCAUUUGCAAGGCGGCUUUCGGUGUUGAUUUGAAUUUGUUCAAGCAAACUGACAGCCCCUUCCAGAAAGCUGUAGAGCAGUGUUUAAAGGGCAUGGUGUUCUAUCUCAGAGAUCCAUUUUUUAGACUUUUUCCCAAGAAUUGGAAGACUGUACAACAAACUAAAGAUGCAACUGAACUCCUGCGUAAAACGGGAAACAAAUGGAUACAAAAAAGGAAGACAGCAAUAGAAAAUGGAGAAGACGUCCCCAAAGACAUUCUCACACAAAUCCUCAAAACAGCAGAGGAGGAAAACGUUAAUAACACAAAAGAUCAUGAGCUGAUGUUGGACAAUUUUGUGACUUUCUUCAUUGCUGGGCAAGAGACAACAGCAAAUCAGCUCUCAUUUGCAAUCAUGGAAUUAGGGAGACAUCCUGAGAUAUAUAAACGGGCUAAAGCAGAGGUGGAUGAAAUUCUUGGGACAAAAAUAAACAUUCCAUAUGAAGACCUUGGAAAAUUCACUUACUUGUCUCAGGUGUUGAAGGAAACGCUGCGUCUGUACCCAACUGCUCCUGGGACCAGCCGCUGGCUACAUGAGGACAUGGUUAUAAAUGGGCUGAAAAUCCCAGGGAGCUGUGCGGUUAUUUUCAGUUCUUAUGUUUCCCAAAGACUGGGAAAGUUUUUUAAAGAUCCGUUGAAGUUUGAUCCAGAGAGAUUUGAUGUGAACGCCCCAAAGCCUUAUUACUGCUACUACCCAUUUGCACUUGGUCCACGAACCUGUCUAGGGCAGGUUUUCUCACAGAUGGAGGCAAAAGUUGUGCUUGCCAAACUGCUUCAGAGAUUUGAGUUCAGUCUGGUUCCUGGACAGUCUUUUGACAUUAAAGACACAGGAACUCUACGGCCCAAGAGCGGAGUGAUCUGCAACAUUAAACACUGCUCAUAGGACAUGUUUAUGGCCCUUGUUUUGUAGCAAUUCUUGUGUACUUAUGCCUGCAUACAUCAUCUUGUAUUAUUCAAACAUUAACCAAAAAAAGAGUCUCAUCAUUGCGAGAGUUUUUUGACAUAUGUCAGCAUGACAUCAGAGCAAGUCAGACCACACUCGGACACGUUUCUAACCAGCAUGAAUCUCAUGGUGAUCUGUUCUGUGGUUUGUUCAUCUGAAAUGAGCCUUUUGUGUUUCCUCUAAUUUUUUCUUUAUUUGCAAUGAUGAUACAGUGUUUUGUAGUUAAUAAUUUCAAGUUUUAUAGCUGCUCUAAGUCUACUACAAUUUUUUUAACCAAUUGCAAUCAACUAGACCAUUUUAAUGGUAAUUUUAAAAGUCUGACAUAGUGACAUGUUAGCCUUCUCAGUUUGAAGGAUGCUUGAAAGGUAGCCUUUGUUUCAUGACUCUCAGCUGUGUAUUUAGAAGGCUGCAUUCUUCACAUCCUCAAAUCACCUACAAUCCUUUUCAUAUAUUCCAAUUGACAUAUAAAAUGUUUGAAGACUGUUCAGCACUGAUCUCAUCUAAGUUUUUUUAUGAAAUG